AGUUGAGCAAAAUGAUCAAACUGUUUCAUUGUUUUGGCGUUUUCAAUGAUUAAUAAAAUAAAUUUCAGUUUCAUAUCUCGGCAGUGGUAUAUUUAUUAAACAUUAAUUUGUGCGAUAGGACAAAGUACCUUUUCAUCAAGUACGUCCGUACUAACUACUGUCAAUCCAAUGGUAUUUAGUUUUUGUUGUUUGGUGAAUCUGUGCGAGUGCGUAUCAGUAAUUGUUGAUUCCUGAAAUUGUUUAAGCUAGCAAGCAUGGAACAGAGUAGUAAAAUAGUGCAAUGAUUAUUACCAUCAGAAAUAAAAUGUAUCCAAAAAAAUCUCUAAAAAAAUGCGCAGUCCUGUGUGGUUGUUCCUCCUUUCUAUUAGUAUGCGGUAUAGUAAUAAUGUGUUUCAAAACCCUCAUUUACAAAUCGAUUCUGAACAAAAUACUAGUCCUACAAGCUGGCACGCAAACUUUCGAUCUCUGGAAACAAAACCCGAUUCCUCUAAGUCUCAAGCUGCACUUGUUCAACUGGACCAACGCAGCUGAUAUUUAUAACAGUUCUAUAAAGCCGCACUUUCAAGAGAUUGGUCCGUAUGUGUUUGAUGAAACCAAAGAAAAAGUUAAUAUAACGUGGAAUGAGCAUAAUAAUACAGUGUCGUUUUAUCAUUUGAAAAAAUGGUGGUUCAAUCAAGAGAAGAGUAAUGGAACAUUGAAUGAUGCUAUUACUUCUGUUAAUCCUGUAGCAUUGACCAGCUCAGUGGUUGGUAAAAACUGGAGUUUCAUCUUUAAGCAAGCAAUUAAUGUAUUAUUUGGUUCAAUGGCAACUGCUGCUUAUUCCACACAUUCCGCUGGCGAAGUAUUGUUUGAUGGAUAUACGGAUCCUCUUGUAACGAUUGCCAAUAAGUUGCCAUCAUUUGGAGCUUCAUCUAUGCCAGAGUAUGAUAAAUUUGGAUGGUUUUAUACAAGAAACAAUUCCGAAACGUACGAGGGUCAAUUCAACAUGGACACAGGAAUAUCGGGCCAACUAGGCGAAUUGCACAGUUGGAAAUUCAUGGAAAAAACUCCAUUUUUUCCCGGACAAUGCGGCGAAAUCGGGGGUUCAGCAGGCGAAUUUUUCCCAGCAAACCUCAAAAAGGAUACAGUAAUUAAAUUUUUCUCGCCCGAUUUGUGCCGAUACGCCCAAUUGGAAUUCGAACAAGAAGUCGUUGUCAGCGGAAUCUUGGGCUACAAAUAUGUAGCUAGAGAUAGGUUUUUAGAUAAUGGUACUAAAGUUCCAGAAAAUAAAUGUUUUUGUAAUGGGGAAUGUAUGCCCUAUGGAGCCCUAGAUAUAUCGGCUUGCAGAUACGGAUCGCCAGCGUUUGUAUCUUUGCCUCAUUUUUAUAAGGCAGAUCCUUAUUAUACGAGUUUGGUAGAUGGGCUAGAGCCUAAUGAGAGUAGGCAUGAUUUUUUUAUGAUUUUUGAACCGAAAACAGGCAUGGCUUUGCAAGUGUCCGCUAGGUUACAGGUUAACUUACUUUUGCAGCCACUGUCUUCAAUUAGAAUAUUCGAAAAAGCACCAAAAGUCUACAUUCCAGUGUUAUGGUUCGAACAGUCCGUCCUCGUGCCAGACAACAUAAUUUUCUACUUAACCGUGCUAACAAAUUUUGAAGCUAUAUGCUUAGCAAUCGAAGCAUUCAAAGCUUGGAGAAAAAACGACCCGCCGUUAAGCUUAGAUUUGUAUUUAUUCAAUUGGACAAACGCCGAACAAAUUUACAAUAAAAGCGUCAAGCCUAAUUUCGAGGAAGUUGGCCCUUAUAGGGUUAAAGAAGUAAAAGAAAAGACAAACCUUAGUUGGAACAAUGACAAUAACACAAUUAGCUAUAGAAUUAGAAAAUUGUAUUAUUUCAAUCCAGAAAAUAGUCCUAGACAAAUGGACGACGAUAAUAUUACAACAAUCAAUGCAGUGCCUUUAACAAUCGCUUACCAAGGCAAAGACUACAAAUAUUUUGCCAAAAGAUUUUUAUCCAUGUCCAUGUCAAGCCUUUCUAGUUUGUACGUAAGAAAAUCAGCAAGAGAAAUCCUUUUUGAUGGAUACGCUGAUGGAAUAUUGAGUAUUUUAAGUAAUUUUCCUGCCCUAAAUGUACAAGAAAGAUUUGGAUUGUUUUACAAAAGAAAUUAUACAAUUGUUGACGAAGUAUUCACAAUGUAUAUAAAAAACGAUAGAAAUUUUGGACGUCAAUUGACCUGGAACAAUAAAAACUACACGGAUUUUUUCCAUGGUCACUGCAACCAGAUCAAAGGAUCGGCAACAGAAUUUUACCCAUUGAACAUACAAAAAACCAAUAAAUUAGUAUUUUAUUCCAGUGAAUUAUGCAAAUACGCUGAAUUAGAAUACGUAAGAGAGGAAACAAUUAAAGGAGUUACAGGUUAUAGAUUUACUGCAAAUAAUAUUUUUGAUAAUGGUACUCUUAGGCCAGAAAAUCGUUGCUUUUGCAACAAAGAAUGCAUACCAUCCGGAGUUCUAGACGUUUCAAAAUGCAGGCAAAAUUCUCCAACAUUUUUAUCGUUUCCGCAUUUUUACAUGGCCGAUCCGUAUUAUACUAGUUCAAUUACUGGAAUGAAACCUGAUGCAAGGAAACAUGAAUUCUAUAUUGUUAUAGAACCGAAAUCUGGUAUUAUAAUGGAUAUUGGGGCAAAUAUGCAACUCAACAUGUUAUUGCAGCCGAUAAGAAGCUACACAAUGUAUCAAGAUGUACCAAAAAUCUACGUCCCAAUGUUUUACUUUUCCCAACAUGUGGCUCUCAAAGAUGACUUGGCAGCCAGUUUACGUCUAAUUCAAAAUAUUCCAGAGCUACUUAACUAUCUUUCCCUUAUAUUUGUUUCAUUGGGUUUGAUUGUGAUAGUCUGGAGCGCCUGGACUAUAUUCCUAGUGUGCUUUCAGUCGCAAAGUGAAAUGAAAAUAGUGAAUAAAAAGUUUGAAGAAGUUCCUCUUAAAGAAAAAUACUUAAGCAAAUGAUAAUUUUUUUUUAAUAAAUCAAUUAUUAAACUUAA